GCGGCGGUGGCGGUGGCGCCCGGGCUCCUGCCCCGACAGGUGCGCGCGGCGCGCAGGAAUGCGGCGGCCUGACUCACCAGCGCUUCCUUCCUACCUGCCCGCCCGCCCAUAAAGUGCUGCCGUGCCGCCUCUCCGCCUCCCGCCCUCGGACCGUCCCUGCUGCCCCGCGCGCCCGCAGCCCGCCCGCGAGCCGCAAGUCCAGGCGUGGGGGCGCCAGUCCGCGUAGAGGAGGAAGAGGAUGGCAGGGCCACAUCCCAACCUGUGGACCAGGCUACUGCUGGCAGCCCUGCUGAGCACCAGCCUCCCCAGGGCCAUGGCAAACCUCUGCAAGAAGGCUCAGGUGAAGAGCUGCACCGAGUGCAUCCGCGUGGACAAGGACUGCGCCUACUGCACCGAUGAGAUGUUCAAGGAGAGGCGUUGCAACACCCAGGCAGAGCUGCUGGCUGCAGGCUGCCGGCAGGGGAGUGUGGUGGUCAUGGAAAGCAGCUUCCAGAUCAUGGAGGAGACCCAGAUUGACACCACCCUGCGGCGCAGCCAGGUGUCCCCCCAGAGCCUGCGGGUCCGCCUGCGGCCGGGUGAGGAGCAGCACUUUGAGCUCGAGGUGUUCGAGCCCCUGGAGAGCCCUGUGGACCUGUACAUCCUCAUGGACUUUUCCAACUCCAUGUCUGAUGAUCUGGACAACCUCAAGCAGAUGGGGCAGAACCUGGCCCGAGUCCUAAGCCAGCUCACCAGUGACUACACUAUUGGAUUUGGCAAGUUUGUGGACAAAGUCACCGUCCCUCAGACGGACAUGAGGCCUGAGAAGCUGAAGGAGCCCUGGCCCAACAGUGACCCCCCCUUCUCCUUCAAGAAUGUCAUCAGCCUGACGGAGGAUGUGGAGGAGUUCCGGAACAAGCUUCAGGGAGAGCGCAUCUCGGGCAACCUGGAUGCUCCCGAAGGCGGCUUUGAUGCCAUCCUGCAGACAGCUGUGUGCACGAGGGCCAUUGGCUGGCGCCCCGACAGCACCCACCUGCUGGUCUUCUCCACCGAGUCGGCCUUCCACUAUGAGGCUGACGGUGCCAAUGUGCUGGCCGGCAUCAUGAGCCGCAAUGACGAGAGGUGCCACCUGGAUGCCACGGGCACCUAUACCCAGUACAAGACACAGGACUACCCGUCAGUGCCCACGCUGGUGCGGCUGCUCGCCAAGCACAACAUCAUCCCCAUCUUUGCCGUCACCAACUACUCCUACAGCUACUAUGAGAAGCUCCACACGUAUUUCCCUGUGUCCUCCCUGGGAGUGCUGCAGGAGGAUUCAUCUAACAUCGUGGAGCUGCUGGAGGAGGCCUUCAACCGCAUUCGCUCCAACCUGGACAUCCGGGCCCUGGAUAGUCCCCGAGGCCUGCGGACAGAGGUCACCUCCAAGAUGUUCCAAAAGACAAAGACAGGGUCCUUUCACAUUCGGCGGGGGGAAGUGGGCACAUACCAAGUGCAUCUUCGGGCCAUCGAGGACAUAGAUGGGACACCUGUGUGCCAGCUGCCAGUGGAGGACCAGAAGGGCAACAUCCAUCUGAAACCGUCCUUCUCCGAUGGCCUCAGGAUGGACGUGGGCAUCAUCUGUGACAUGUGUGCCUGUGAACUGCAAAAAGAGGUGCAGUCAGCUCGCUGCAACUUCCAGGGAGACUUCACGUGCGGCCACUGUGUGUGCAGUGAGGGCUGGAGCGGCCAGACCUGCAACUGCUCCACAGGCUCACUGAGUGACAUGCAGCCCUGCCUGCAGGAGGGCGACGACAAGCCGUGCUCGGGCCGCGGGGAGUGCCAGUGUGGACACUGUGUGUGCUAUGGCGAAGGUCGCUACGGGGGUCAGUUCUGUGAAUACGACAACUUCCAGUGUCCCCGCACCUCUGGGUUCCUCUGCAAUGACCGGGGACGCUGCUUCAUGGGUCAGUGUGUGUGUGAACCUGGCUGGACAGGACCAAGCUGUGACUGUCCCCUCAGCAAUGCCACCUGCAUCGACAGUAAUGGGGGCAUCUGUAAUGGGCGUGGCCACUGUGAGUGUGGCCGCUGUCACUGCAACCAGCAGUCUCUGUACACGGACACCACCUGUGAGAUCAACUACUCAGCGAUCCGCCUGGGCCUCUGUGAGGACCUGCGCUCCUGUGUGCAGUGUCAGGCCUGGGGCACUGGGGAGAAGAAGGGGCGCACUUGUGAGGAGUGCAGCUUCAAGGUCAAGAUGGUAGAUGAGCUAAAGAAAGCGGAGGAGGUGGUGGAGUUCUGCUCCUUCCGGGACGAGGACGAUGACUGCACCUACAGCUACACGGUGGAGGGUGAUGGCACCCCUGGGCCCAACAGCACCGUCCUGGUACACAGGAAGAAGGACUGUCCUCCCGGCUCCUUCUGGUGGCUCAUUCCCCUGCUCCUCUUCCUCCUGCUGCUCCUGGCCCUGCUGCUGCUGCUCUGCUGGAAGUACUGUGCCUGCUGCAGGGCCUGCCUGGCACUUCUCCCUUGCUGCAAUCGAGGCCACAUGGUGGGCUUUAAGGAGGACCACUACAUGCUGCGGGAGAACCUGAUGGCCUCAGACCACCUGGACACACCCAUGCUGCGCAGUGGGAAUCUAAAGGGGCGUGACACCGUCCGCUGGAAGGUCACCAACAACAUGCAGCGGCCUGGCUUUGCCACCCAUGCUGCCAGCACCAACCCCGCAGAGCUGGUGCCCUACGGACUGUCCCUGCGCCUUGCCCGCCUCUGCACUGAGAACCUGAUGAAGCCCAGCACUCGAGAAUGUGACCAGCUGCGCCAGGAGGUGGAGGAGAAUUUGAACGAGGUGUACAGACACAUUUCGGGUGUACACAAGCUCCAGCAGACGAAGUUCCGGCAGCAGCCCAAUGCUGGGAAAAAGCAAGACCACACCAUUGUGGACACGGUGCUCAUGGCACCCCGCUCGGCCAAGCAGCCCCUGCUGAAGCUCACAGAGAAACAUGUGGAACAGGGGGCCUUCCAUGACCUCAAGGUGGCCCCCGGCUACUACACCCUCACUGCAGAUCAGGAUGCCCGGGGCAUGGUGGAGUUCCAGGAGGGUGUGGAGCUGGUAGACGUACGCGUGCCCCUCUUCAUCCGGCCUGAGGACGAUGACGAGAAGCAGCUACUGGUGGAGGCCAUCGAUGUGCCUGUGGGCACUGCCACCCUCGGCCGCCGUCUGGUGAACAUCACCAUCAUCAAAGAGCAAGCCAGUGGGAUGGUGUUCUUUGAGCAGCCUGAGUACUCUGUCAGCCGUGGGGAGCAGGUGGCCCGCAUUCCCGUCGUCCGGCGCAUCCUGGACAGUGGCAAGUCCCAGGUCUCCUACCGGACACAGGACAACACAGCACAGGGCAACCGGGAUUAUGUCCCUGUGGAGGGAGAGCUGCUGUUCCACCCUGGGGAGACCUGGAAAGAGCUGCAGGUGAAGAUCCUGGAGCUGCAGGAGGUAGACUCUCUACUGCGGGGCCACCAGACUCGCCGCUUCCACAUCCAACUCAGCAACCCCAAGUUUGGGGCCCGCCUGGGCCAGCCCCACUUAGCUACCAUCAUCAUUGGGGACCGGGAUGAAGUAGAUGAACUGGAUCGGAACUUCGUGAGCCAGACGUUGUCAUCAACCCUACCCCUCCACGGUAACCUGGGAGCCCCACAAAACGCCAAUGCCAAGGCUGCUGGGUCCCGGAAGAUCCAUUUCAACUGGUUGCCCCCUUCUGGCAAGCCGAUGGGGUACAGGGUGAAGUACUGGAUCCAGGGUGACUCUGAAUCAGACGCCCACCUGCUCGACAGCAAGGUGCCCUCAGUGGAGCUCACCAACCUGUACCCAUACUGUGACUAUGAGAUGAAGGUGUGCGCCUACGGGGCCCAAGGCGAAGGGCCCUACAGCUCCCUGGUAUCCUGCCGCACCCACCAGGAAGUCCCCAGUGAGCCGGGGCGGCUAGCCUUCAAUGUCGUCUCUUCCACGGUGACCCAGGUGAGCUGGGCCGAGCCGGCUGAGACCAAUGGAGAGAUCACAGCCUAUGAAGUCUGCUAUGGCCUGGUCAACGAGGACAACCGACCCAUUGGGCCCAUGAAGAAGGUGCUGGUUGACAAUCCCAAGAACCGGAUGCUACUCAUUGAGAACCUUCGCGAGUCCCAGCCAUACCGUUACACAGUGAAGGCGAGAAAUGGGGCUGGCUGGGGACCCGAACGGGAGGCCAUCAUCAACCUGGCCACCCAGCCCAAGCGACCCAUGUCCAUUCCCAUCAUCCCCGACAUCCCCAUUGUGGACGCCCAGGGUAGGGAGGACUAUGAGAACUUCCUCAUGUACAGUGAUGACGUCCUGCGCUCCCCAGCCAGCAGCCAGAGGCCAAGCGUCUCUGAUGACACUGGCGACGGCUGGAAGUUCGAGCCCCUGCUGGGGGAGGAGCUGGACCUGCGGCGCGUCACGUGGCGGCUGCCCCCGGAGCUCAUCCCGCGCCUGUCGGCCAGCAGCGGGCGCUUCUCCGACGCCGCCGAGGCGCCCCCGGGGCUCCCGGACGACGGCGCCCACCCGGGUGCGGGGAACGCGGGCGGCAGCCUGCCUCGCAGCGCAACGCCCGGGCCCCCCGGAGAGCACCUGGUGAACGGCCGGAUGGACUUUGCCUUCCCAGGCAGUGCCAACUCGUUGCACAGGAUGACCAACACAGCCUAUGGCACCCAUCUAAGCCCACACCUGCCCCACCGAGGGCUGAGCACAUCUUCCACCCUUACUCGGGACUACCACUCACUGACACGCACGGAACACUCACACUCAGCCUCGCUGCCCAGGGACUACUCCACCCUCACCUCCCUCUCCUCCCAUGGCCUCCCUCCCAUCUGGGAACAUGGGAGGAGCAGGCUUCCGCUGUCCUGGGCCCUGGGGCCCCGGAGUCAGGCUCAGGUGAAGGGGUUCCCUUGCUCCAGGGGCUCACGAGAUUCUAUAAUCCUGGCAGGGCAGCCAGCAGCGCCUUCAUGGGGCCCAGACUCCCGGCUGAUUUCUGGUGUGCCUGACACACCCACCCGCCUGGUGUUCUCUGCCCUGGGUCCCACAUCUCUGAAAGUGAGCUGGCAGGAGCCACAGUGUGAUCACACACUGCAGGGAUACAGUGUGGAAUACCAGCUGUUGAAUGGCGGUGAGCUACAGCAGCUCAACAUCCCCAACCCCAGUCAAACCUCCGUGGUGGUAGAAGACCUCUUGCCCAAUCACUCCUACGUGUUCCGUGUGCGGGCCCAGAGCCAAGAGGGCUGGGGCCGAGAGCGUGAGGGAGUCAUCACCAUUGAAUCACAGGUGCAUCCACAGAGCCCACUCUGUCCCUUGCCAGGCUCCACCUUCACGUUGAGCACCCCCAGUGCCCCAGGCCCACUGGUGUUCACGGCCCUAAGCCCUGAAUCACUGCAGUUGAGCUGGGAGCGGCCACGGAGGCCCAAUGGUGAAAUCCUUGGCUACCUGGUGACCUGUGAGAUGGCCCAAGGAGGAGGGACAGCCACCACAUUCCGGGUGGAUGGAGACAACCCUGAAAGCCGGCUGACAGUGCCCGGACUCAGUGAGAAUGUGCCCUACAAGUUUAAGGUGCAGGCCAGGACCACUGAGGGCUUUGGGCCAGAGCGUGAGGGCAUUAUCACCAUCGAGUCUCAGGAUGGAGGCCCCUUUCCACAGCUGGGCAGCCACCCUGGGCUCUUCCAGCACCCACUGCAAGGCGAGUACAGCAGCAUCACUACCACCCACACCAGUACCACCGAGCCCUUCCUCAUGGACGGACUAACUCUGGGGUCCCAGCACCUGGAGGCAGGUGGUUCCCUUACCCGGCAUGUGACCCAGGAGUUUGUGAGCAGGACGCUGACCACCAGUGGAACACUCAGCACCCAGGUGGACCAACAAUUCUUCCAAACCUGAUGCCCCCUGCCCCCCCGCCCAGUAUAUCGUGGCACCUGGACCUCCUCCCCAUGCCACCUCAGCCACUUCAUCCUUUGAACCCUGGGGGCCCAGCCCUCCACAUGCUGAUCCCGAGGCUAGUGCCGCUGGCCACAGAGCAAGGGGUAGGUGUCCUUUGGGAGGCAUGAAGGGGGCAGAGGUCCCAGAAAGCCCCUCUGGCUUCCCCUACUCUGGGCCUAAAUCCUUUUAUAACCAAAGAUCCAGGACCAGCACAAGGACCUGGCCUUUGUUAUGCACUUAUAAUAAAAUAUUUUGCUAUUGUUUGGC